AUGAGCUAUACUCGAAGGCCCAAAGACUCUGACACAGAAUCAGGUGAAGAAAAAGAGGAUUAUCAAAAUCUUUACGAGUCUGAACAAGAUCGAUAUUAUAUAAACUCUUUACCAGAACUUGAAAGGGAAAGAAUUCUAUCUGAAAGAUAUGAAAAAAAGCUCACUCCCCCUCUAAAUUGGAAAAAAUCCAGUUCCAAUUUAAAGAGGCUAAUUUUGUUUUUAAAAAAAAUGUAUAUUAAAUUUUCUCGCAAAAUAAUUUCAUAAAAUUUUAAAAAUAAAAAAUUGAAUGCAAUAUCUUGAAUUUGAAUUUAUAUAUAUAAAGAAUCAAUUUAAAAUUUAAUCGAUAUAGUGUGAAAACUGUUUAAAUAAUAUUUUACUUACACUUUUGAUAUUAAAUUAGGCCAAAAUUAAUUUUAUAAAAAUUAAGGUUUUCACGUUGUAAAAUUGCUUAAAUUUAAAAGGGUUAAAAUAUCAAAAAAUGGAAAUUGUUUGCUUCAAUUCAAAAGGAGCGAGUUAGGGAAAAAGACAGAGAAAGGAUGCAAAUGCAGCUGGAAAAAGCUCAAGAAAGGAAGCAGCCAAUUGUAGAAGGUAUGGAAGAGUUCUCGGAUGAAGAAAAACGGGGAAGGCGAAAAAGAAGGAAAAAAAGCGACGAUGAUUAUGAGCCAGUUGCUAAAAUGAAGAAAAGUAAGCUGCAGAUUAUUGAAAAACAAGAGCAGGCUUAUGAUUAUAAAAAAGAGUCGGCAAUUGUGCAGCUUGAAGAUAUUGAAAGAAUCAGAUUAGGAAGAGACCAGCUUGUGAAAUGAUGUCCACAUUUGUAUUUUGACAAAACAGUGAAGGGCGCUUUUGUGAAAAUUAAUAUUGGGAAGAAAAAAGGCACAAAUGAAAGCGUUUAUUUAAUGUGCGAAGUUGUUGAUGUGCUUACUGGUGAUUAUUAUGAAAUCCCUGAUACCAAAAUCAGUACAAAUAAAUAUCUCCAUCUGGCUCAUGGGAAAAACAAAAAAACUAUGAAGAUUGAUAUUGUUUCUAAAAAGCCUUUUACAAGUGAAGAGUUUGAAGCAUAUGCAGAAAAACUCAAAAAAGACCAAAUAAAGCCAGUCACCAGAAAUCAUAUUGAUAACAAGCUAGCCGAAAUUCAAGCUGCGCACAACUAUAAAUACACAAGUGAUUAGAUUAUAUUAGAUUAGAAUAAAAGUUAGAAUGAUUUUCGGGGUUUAUUUCAGUCCCUUUUCGCCUUCACCGACUUUAGGCUCGUCACCCAGGGGGAUAGGAGAUAUAAUAAAUGCUCGAUGAUGGCGCUCAAUGUUCCAUCAUCUGGCAACCUGUAUAGGAACGACCCCGACCUCUCCUUCUCGUUCCCAUUACCCUUCGCAUCGGAAGCGUAGAGUUGUCUUAUGGAUUCUGGCUUCCUUGUCUCUCGUGUGGGGUAAAAGCCCUGUCGUGGUGCCCCAAUCAGGGAUAAAAAAUCCACCCUGGAAACAAAUUCCAAGCCCCUGCCCUAAAUACAAAAACCUAAAAGGGUAUGGGAGAAGGACGGGUCGAAGAAUUCCCCAUUUUAUUUUUAUUUGGGUGUAUACACAAGUGAAGAAAUUGAAAUCAUGGUAGAAAAACAACUUGAAGAAAACAUCGCGAAAGGGAACAUCGAGUCCUUUGCAACCUUGGAGCUUGAAAAACUCAAAGUAAGGCUAGAAGACAUGAAAGCGAAUCCUGAAGGAAUAAGUGAAGAAGAACAAAGGAAAAAAAUUCGAAGCCUUGAAGACAUGAUCAAAAAGUUGGAAAAUGCAUUGAAAUUUGACGACAAAAUUGUGGUAGGUGAGACUGUUCAAAUUUUAAAUGAAAGAAAUAGAACUAAACAACUGGAAAUUGACUUAUGAAGGGUAAGAUAUUAUUAAGGCUGAACAAAGAAAGCUACAUAAGCUUGAAGAAGCAAAGCAAGAAAAUAAAAAAGCGGAAGAAGUGAAACCUAGUAUGAAAUAAUUAGAACUUUCUCAAUAUGAAAUGGACCAGCUAGCAAAGCAGAGACUGGUGACUAUUCAUUCUGUUGAUUUAGAAAUUGAUGAUUGGAUACCACUAACAGGGCCGCUGAGAGUACCAAUAAGAGAGUAUCCUGCACUAGUCACUCCUUAUCCUCUUUAA